AUGAAAAAGCAAUUGCCUAAGAGUACUUCCUAAACAGCCAUUCCAAAACCAGAGAAAUCUCAAACUAUCAAAACUCCAGAACGACAUGGCAUUCCCAGAAAUGUUAACUACUAUAGCCAUUUUUUAGGUGAACCCUACAUCACUGAAAAAGAUAUUGAAUUUGUGCUCUAAUUGAGAAAUAUUGAUCAUGCAGAAAUGACAGCCAAAUUGGCAAGAAUUCCCAAUCAAACCUUCUCAAGAGGCGAUCAAAAGAUAGAGUCCUAAAAGGACAAACACCUUUCUAGGGAUGUGAAGUAUAAUGGCAAUUCUACUCCCGUCCUUCACCUUCUUAAAGGUAGAAUUGGUCCCACUCCUCAUCUCAGUUAAGCAGAGUUUGAAACCGGUUUAAGAUCUUACGCUAAAACUGAUUAAAGUCUUCUUGAUAAAGAACGUAAUUGGACUACCGUCCCAAAAACGUAACGUAAAGAUGCUUUCCCAGAAUUCCUGCCAAAUUAUAAGGAGGAGAUCUAGAAAAAGAAAUCAAUGAGCAUGAGUGGAGGGAAACUUGCUAAACUAACCUAUAAUGCUUUUGAUUCUGAUUCAAAUUACCCUUCUUAUUAGAUGAAAUUUCAUGAAAAAAAUCUACAAAAUGUUAAACAUAUGUUUGUACCUGCAAUCAAGAUGUCGACUGUCUAAUGGUAAGAGGGACUUAGACCUCUUGAACCCAUAAAAAAAGAAAAAAAGCAAAAAAAAUGA